AUGACCUCCAUGGGAGUCGUCUCCGCGCUCCUGCACAGCGGCAGCAGCGGCAGCAGCGGCAGCAGCGGCAGGCAUCUGGGGUCCCUCCUCGCCGUCUGCAUCGCCGCCACCGCCGCCGUCUUAGCGGUGGGGGCCGCUCACGAAGUGCGCACGACCACGGGGUCUGGUGGCCCACCUCGCUGGAGCCGCAUGUCCGGCUCGCUGUCCAAGCCGCUGUGGGUGGUGCCCAGCGGCAGCAGCGUCAAGCUGCGCUGCCUCGCCACCGGAGUGCCCACGCCCUCCGUCGUCUGGCUCCACGACGGAGGGCGCCUCCACGGCGGGGAGGAGCGGCGCCUCGGGGCCUUCCGGCUGAGGAUCAAGGACUGGACGCUCGUGCUGGACAGCGUGGUGCCCUCUGACGCGGGCAACUACAGCUGUGUGGUCAGCAACCAGCACGGCUCCAUCCAGCACUCGUACCAGCUCGUCGUCAUCGAGCGUGGCCAGCCCCAGCGGCCGUCGCUGCAGGACGGCCUCCCGGCGAACGUGACGGCGGCGGAGGGGAGCGACGUGGAGCUCCGCUGCGUCGUCCUGCAGAGCGCUGGCGGCAGCAGUCAGCAGCAGCUGCACCACCACGUGCAGUGGCUCAAGCACGUGGAGGUGAAUGGCAGCCUCGAAGCACCCAAUGGCUCACCCUACGUGCACGUCCUCACGACGGUGGGCGUGGAGGUGACGGACGUGGAGACGGACGUGCUGUACCUGCGCAACGUCAGCACGGACGACUCGGGCCGCUACACCUGCCUGGCGGGCAACGCCGCGGGAUUCGCUCACCGCUCUGCAUGGCUCCUCGUCGUGCCGCAAGAGACGCCGGCUGGUAAGAUGUCGACUGCCUCGCCUGCUCUGCAGGAGGUCGUGGUGGACACCGCCCUGGCUGCUCCCGUGAGAGUGGGCGGCGGUUCUUGCGCCGCCGCCCUCCUGCUGCUGAUCACCAUCGGUGCUGUCACCGGCCUCACGCGGAGGAGGAGAGGGUCGACGAGCGGAGAGGGGGAGAUGCAGGUGCUGUCUGCGCUGAGCGGCGUGGAGCUGUCGGGGGUGACGGGGCCGUGCGACCGCUGGGAGUUCCCUCGGGAACGGCUGACUCUGGGUGAGCAGCUGGGUGAGGGUUGUUUUGGCCGCGUGCUGCUGGCCGAGGCGCUGGGCAUGGAGCCGUCACGGCCUCAUCGCAGCGUCCGCGUCGCCGUCAAGAUGCUGAAGGCGCACGCCACGGAAGCGGAGACCCACGACCUCCACGCGGAGCUGGAGACCCUCAAGAAGAUGGGACGGCACAGCCACCUGGUGAACCUGCUGGGCGCAUGCACACGGGGCGGCCCCCUGCUCGUGAUCGUUGAGUUUGCGGCCAAGGGGAAUCUGCGCGACUUCCUGCGUGCACACCGCACGCCCGGCGCAGAGUGCAGUGGUGGCGACGAGGUGAAGGGCGAAACGCUCUCCAUGCUGCAGCUGGUGGCCUUCGCCUGCCAGGUGGCACGCGGCAUGGAGUACCUCACCUCUAAGAAGUGCGUUCACCGGGACCUGGCGGCCAGGAACGUCCUCGUCGUUGACGGCGGAGUUGGUGGCGGCUAUUCGGUGAAAAUCGCCGAUCUGGGCCUCACCCGCGACGUGGGCGGCGAACGUGACUACUACUACCAGCACAAGACUGCUGCCGGACGCCUGCCGGUGAAGUGGAUGGCACCGGAGGCGUUGCUGCACCGCGUCUACACACAGCGGAGCGACGUGUGGUCCUACGGGGUGCUGCUGUGGGAGAUCUUCACCCUGGGGGGCUCUCCGUACCCGGGCGUCCCCGUGGAAAAGCUUUUCAAGCUGCUCGGUGACGGCUACCGCAUGGAGCGGCCUGCCCUCUGCUCCGACGAGCUACACGCGACGAUGAGCGAGUGCUGGGCGACCGUCCCCAGCGACAGACCGACGUUCGCGCGGCUGGCGGACGACUUGGGGCGGAUCCUCGUGGCCAACGGGGGCCGCCGUGACGAGGACUACGUGGACAUGACGGCCGGACUGAUGUAG